GAGAGUGAGAGUGGGCCACAUCUCUGCUUCUUUACUUCCCAACUUAAUUAACCAAACACACACACAUCCCUUUUUAUUUUCUCAAACCCGCGAAAAGCUUUCCAAAAUCUUAAACCAAAAAAGAAAAAAAAAAACUCAGAACGAAACCUGGAAAGCAACGAUUUCCAAGGCACACAACUCAGAUGGACCCGAUUAAAGCAGCGAACGAACUAAAUUAUCGGGUCGGGUUCUCCGGCCACAGUGGUCACCUCAGGCUCGAGCCUCUCUCUACUGUGGAGCGUUCUAACCCCGUCAAGUCGCUCCCCGAUUUCAUAUUGCCACCUGCAUUUCCCAAGGAAACACCUGAAUCAAUAAAAUCUUAUGUAGAAGAGAAGUAUCUCUUGCCGAGGCUGGACUCUGAAUUAUUUUCACCGGAAAAGGCUGGAAGGCAGUGGGAUUUUGACUGGUUUGACAGGGCAAAAAUACAGUUGGAGCCAUCAUUGCCGCGCAAGGUUAUAAUUCCCACAUGGGAAUUACCCUUUAGACGUCCAAAGCAAGGAAGAUGGGAACCAGGCUCUCUGCAGGUGGAUGUAUCAGAGUUAACAGUAGAAGCUCAAGAAUCUGGUUCAUUGCCCCGCAUGAAUGGUACUGCGAAGGAUUUUCUAAGAGGAAGCAUUAAUAACCGCCCUUUUCGUCCAGGUGGUUUGGAUGAUUCCCAAUCCUUAGAAAGGGUUCUACCUGAUGGUGCUUCCAAUGGUGAAUGGGUUCGUGAACUUCUUAAUGGUGGCCCUUCUCAGACUAUUCCUCCGGGCUUUAAGCAAGGAUUAGAACUUGGUGAACUUAAGGCUUAUCCUUGUGCAUGGAAUGUUAACAAGGAUCAAACUUUGAUAAAGAAUACAGAAGAAAACCAGACUGAAUUAUCUGUACAGUUUGACGACUUAUUCAAAAAGGCUUGGGAAGAGGAUAUCACUGAAUUUGUAGAAGAUGGAAUGGAGUCUGUUAAUUCUGAAGGUGAAGCAGAGUCUGUAAAGUCUGAUGCUGAAGCAGAGUCUGCUAAGCCCAAAGCCGAAGCAGAAAGGGAUAUGCCUAGCAACGCUUCUGAUACUGAAUUAUCUGCACUGGAUGAGAUUUUAUCAAUCAAAGCAGAAGAAUUAACAACAAUAUUGGACAAUCGCGGGGCUGGUGGAGAGCACCAGAAAGAGGCCUGGGCUAGUAGUGGAGGCAGUGAAUGGAUUUCACAGCAUUUUCAUGAGCUUGUUCCUGACAUGGCACUUGAUUUUCCUUUUGAAUUGGAUACAUUCCAGAAAGAGGCUAUCUAUUAUCUUGAAAAUGGGGAGUCUGUGUUUGUAGCUGCUCAUACGUCAGCGGGAAAGACAGUUGUUGCAGAGUAUGCAUUUGCUUUGGCAUCAAAACAUUGUACUAGAGCUGUCUAUACUGCUCCAAUUAAAACCAUAAGCAAUCAAAAGUAUAGGGAUUUCUGCGGAAAAUUCGAUGUUGGACUUCUAACAGGUGAUGUUAGCCUGAAGCCUGAAGCUUCUUGUCUUAUUAUGACCACAGAAAUAUUAAGGUCAAUGCUGUACCGUGGUGCUGAUAUUAUCCGUGACAUUGAAUGGGUUAUAUUUGACGAGGUGCACUACGUCAAUGAUGUUGAAAGGGGUGUUGUUUGGGAAGAAGUUAUCAUCAUGCUUCCGAGACAUAUUAACAUUGUUCUUCUUUCAGCAACGGUACCAAACACUGUUGAGUUUGCAGACUGGAUUGGACGGACAAAGCAAAAGCAAAUUCGUGUUACUGGGACAACAAAAAGACCAGUCCCUUUGGAACACUGCAUAUUUCACUCUGGAGAACUUUACAAGAUAUGUGAGAGUGAAACUUUUAUGCCUCAGGGACUGCAAGCUGCUAAGGAUACAUUGAAGAGAAAAAAUAUGACUAGCAGCAGUACUGGUCCUUCUGGAUCACACAGUGGAGGUUCAGCAGCUUUUUCUCAGAAACGUGAAAGUGUUACUCGGGGAAAACAGAACAAACAUUUUGGUUCUCACAGUUCUGGAAACUACUAUGGUAGUGGUGGUGGGAGUCAAAAUAAUGGCAAUGGCUACAACAGUUGGGGUUUAAGAAGAUCAGAUGCUUCUUUGUGUUUGUCACUUAUCAAUAAGCUCUCAAAGAACUCUCUGUUACCUGUGGUUAUAUUCUGUUUCUCAAAAAACAGAUGUGAUAAAUCGGCCGAUAGUAUGACUGGAACUGAUCUCACCAGUAGUUCUGAGAAAAGCGAGAUUCGUAUUUUCUGCGACAAAGCAUUUUCACGUCUCAAGGGAUCAGACAGGACAUUGCCACAGGUUGUCAGAGUUCAAAAUCUUCUUCACAGAGGCAUUGGUGUGCAUCAUGCAGGGCUGCUGCCAAUUGUCAAGGAAGUUGUUGAAAUGCUUUUUUGCCGUUGUGUGAUCAAGGUUUUGUUUUCAACUGAGACAUUUGCAAUGGGAGUAAAUGCCCCAGCAAGAACAGUUGUUUUUGAUACAUUAAGGAAAUUUGAUGGCAAAGAGUUUAGAACAUUACUACCUGGGGAGUACACUCAAAUGGCAGGUCGAGCAGGGAGAAGAGGUCUUGAUAAAAUUGGUACUGUUGCCGUACUGUGCCGUGAUGAAAUCCCAGAAGAGAAGGAUUUAAAACCUGUUAUAGUUGGAAGUGCAACUAAGCUGGAGUCUCAGUUUCGGCUGACUUAUAUUAUGAUCCUACAUCUCCUUCGUGUUGAAGAAUUGAAGGUAGAAGACAUGUUAAAAAGAAGUUUUGCUGAAUUUCAUGCUCAGAAGAAACUACCAGAACAGCAACAACUUCUAAUGCGAAAGCUUGCUCAGCCUACCAAAGCAAUAGAAUGCAUAAAAGGUGAACCAGCCAUUGAGGAAUAUUAUGAGAUGUACUCAGAAGCUGAGAGUUAUGACAAAAAAAUAUCAGAGGCUGUCAUGCAACAUACCACUGCCCAGAGUUUACUUACUCCUGGAAGAGUGGUAGUCAUGAAAUCACAAUCAGCUCAGGAUCACUUGCUUGGAGUUGUCAUAAAAGCACCUUCCAAUAACAAUAAACAACACAUUGUUUUAGUUCUGAGACCUGACUUGCCAUUUAUUACUCCCUUGGCCAGUGGUGAUUUAAAAGAUACAAAAAGUGGUAAUUUCUCCGAGGGUUAUUAUAUGGUGCCAAAAUCAAAACGUGCUCAGGAAGAAGAGUAUUAUUCUUCUGCCACAUCUCGCAAAGGAUCCGGUGCUAUUAAAAUAAAGCUACCGUACAGUGGUGUUGCAGCUGGUAUGGGUUAUGAGGUACGAGCUGUUGAUAUCAAUGAGUUUUUAUGCCUAUGUAAUAGCAAAAUAAAGAUUGAUCAGGCUCGGCUUCUUGAAGAUGCUAGCACUGUUGCUUACUCCAAGACAAUUCAAGAGCUGUUGGGUAAAAAAUCUGAUGGAAAAUAUCCUCCACCAUUAGAUCCAGUGAAAGAUUUGAAGUUGAAAGACAUGGAUCUUGUCGAAUCAUAUUACAAGUGGACAAAUCUGCUGCAAAAGAUGUCAAAGAACAAGUGUCAUGGGUGUAUAAAAUUGCAGGAGCACAUUAAGCUAGCAAGAGAGAUAAAGAAACACAAGGAGGAAGUUGAUGCACUUAAGUAUGAGAUGUCAGAUGAAGCACUUCAACAAAUGCCAGAUUUCCAGGGCCGGAUAGAUGUACUGAAGGAAAUUGGCUGUAUUGAUGCUGACCUUGUAGUUCAAAUAAAAGGUCGCGUUGCAUGUGAGAUGAAUUCGGGGGAGGAGUUAAUAUGUACAGAGUGUUUAUUUGAGAAUCAAUUGGAUGACCUCGAACCAGAAGAAGCAGUGGCAUUAAUGUCAGCCUUUGUUUUUCAGCAGAAGAAUGCAUCCGACCCUUCUCUCACUCCCAAGCUGUCUCAGGCCAAACAAAGAUUGUACGAUACAGCUAUACGACUUGGUAAGCUCCAAGCUGGGUUUGAACUUCAGAUAAAUCCUGAAGAGUAUGCCAGAGAGAAUCUCAAAUUUGGUCUUGUGGAAGUGGUUUACGAAUGGGCAAAGGGCACUCCCUUUGCAGACAUAUGCGAACUUACAGAUGUUCCUGAAGGUAUGAUUGUGCGGACCAUUGUCAGACUGGAUGAGACGUGUCGUGAGUUCAAAAAUGCCGCAUCCAUUAUGGGUAAUUCUGCACUCUACAAAAAAAUGGAAGCUGCUUCGAACGCCAUAAAACGCGACAUUGUUUUUGCAGCUAGCUUGUAUGUCACUGGAGUCUAACUAUGUAUGUCAACUUGAAGGUGUAUAAUUUUAGUAUUAUUCCUAAUCCAAAUGAUUCUCAGUUGACUGAAGUUAUUUCUGGAGAUUUCAUAAUCUUCAUCUUUUUUGUAUACUAAUUUCUGUCCCCUAGAUUAGAGUAGGCUCAUUUGUUAUUGUAAUAACACUCCAUUGAUCCCCUGCUUGUAAGCACAGGGGAUGAUGGUUAUCAAUGAUAACACAAUUUUUUGUAUCAUUUUUA